AUACACCUAAUCUAGAUCUAUCCUAUCUAGAUUCUAGGUCUAGCUAUAGAUCUAGCUAAAUCUAGCUAGAUCUAGAUCUAGUUAAUAUAGAUCUAGAUGUAGGCCAAACAUAUUCAUUGUAAUUGUCACAAUAAAAACAUUAGAUCUUGAUCUAGACUAUUCGUUUUUGUUCACUGAGAUCUCAAAGGAUUACACAAUUAGACAGUACCAGUAGUUUUGCAUCAAUUAUUCCUCAAGGACUAACAUCUGAUAUGUGAUGUCAAGCUUUCCACUAAGUUCCUACAUCAUUCAAAAAACAUGGAUGAAAAAAGUGUUAACAAUGCUAUGGUUAGAGAUUCUUUUGAAUUGUACGAGUCUCCUAAGAAGAUUGACAUGACUGGAACAGCAACUGAGGGAACACUAAAUGGAGCAGGAGCACCAGGAAGUCCAGGAUCAAUGCUGGAGUACAGGCAGGCAAUGAGCAAUAUGCAGAGAGAGAUAGAGGAGAGAAAGAAAAGAGAGAUGGACUUGAUAAACUUACUUAGAACAACUCAGACCAACACAGGACCUCUGGUAGUUGAUCCUCAGUAUGUUAACCUUGAAGUGUCCUCAUCAUGUGACAAUGUAGGUGAGAGCGUCAAAGAUGCACAUAUCAAAUAUCUCCAGAGACAGGUGACCGUACUUCAGGCAAGUCUCUUCAAAUAUGAAGGAUGGUCUCACAAAAUGGUUGCUAUAACAAAGGAGAGGGAUGAUGCUUUCAAUGAGCUCACAGCUUUGCAGUCGGAAAACAAAAUUUUAGCUGAAAAGAACAAGAUUCUUCAAAUGGAGAUGAACAACAUGGAAGCCAACUUCCAGAGAAAACUGCAGCAAACUGAAGCAGAGAUGGAGGCUCUACUUCAACAGGGUGCCCGGGGUACAGAUCUCAUGCUUAGUGUCCGUGGUAAUGAAAAGCUUUUGGAAGAACUAGAAAGACUUAAGGCUGAAAACAGAACUCUGAAGGAAUCCUUGUCCAGGCUAGAAGCUGAAAACAAACACCUCAAAGAAUUGUCCAUGUCAGUUUCUAACAGCAGCCACUCUUUAGGUAAUGUUGCUUGUAGCCAAGAGCUAGAGUACCUUCACAAGGUGGUGGACACGCUAAAAAAGACGGUGCUCGAACAGCGGAGAUUUCUGCUUAGCAUGAGAUCUCCAAACAUGAGCUCCUCUGCAAAAGAAAUUCCAUCUUUGCAGCCUUCCUUUUCUACUGCAAGCCAGGCAGGUUUUGAAGCUUCUGCUUCAAAGGACUCUCCAGUUGCUUUAAUGAAAAGACCUUCAGACACAUCUGGUGCUUUAACACAACAGCCUCCUGCCUUGAAUAGAAUUAUUUUUAGUAGAGAAGAAACAGGGGAUAACAUGAUAGAGAGCAAAAGUCAGGAUUUCAGACAAUCAGCCAAUUCUAAUGCUAUCAAUGGAGUUGCAGAAGGAUCAAAAAAUGAACUGUUGGAUAACUUAAAGUUGCAGAAUAGUCUCAAUGUAAUGCCAAGAAAUCAUGUUUCUGCUGUUGAGUCACAAAUGGCAAUCCAAAAGCCUUUAAAUUUAGAUCAAAAUGGAAGUGGUGAAUCCUCCAGACCAGCAGCUAUUAGCGGAUAUAUCCAAAUGUAUUCCCCUCGUCAUAGAGUCUCUCAGUCUGAGGUACUUGGUCGUAGGGUUGCUGAGGAGCAGUCCAAUCAGUUUAGCAAGUCUGUCACCAUUGCCCACAACUCUGAAUAUGUGAACACCAACACAGUAAAUCGGCCUGUGAAGCCCGACCCUCUACACUACUUGUCAAAAGAAGAAGUAACUAAUAACAUAGGAUAUAAUCUAAAAUCUGGUCACAGCCCAUCGCAACCGGCAAACUAUGAGCCUCUCCGACACAGUGCAUGGGACACUGCACAACUUUUGGGUGAUGAUAUUGCUAUCAACUCCAACUCACAAAACAGCAGGCAACAGCAAGGGGUCCUGCAACCUAUACAGCUCCGGGCUGAUGCUGUAGUGGCCAAUAAUCGAGCAAACAUCAGCAACUCGAGUGUCAAAAGUCCAGCACAGCCCCCUCCACCUCCACACAGACCCAAGUCCCAUAUUUCAUCGUUGGGGGGCAAUCACAUUUACGCCAAUGAACAGAGUCCAAGCGACACUGUGAUCCUUCGGGAGCCUAGACCUGUCCAGCAGCAGCAGUCUGACAGGCUGUGUCCUGUUUGCAGCAAGGACUUUAGCAUGUUGAGUAUGGAAGAGUUUCAGACCCAUGUUUUUCGCUGUUUUGAUGAUGACGAGGCCCCUGAAACCAUGAAGCCUGAAGAAACUUCCCGGCAAUGUCCAAUGUGUGGAAUGAACUUUAACAACAGUACCCCACAGGCAGAGUAUGAGAAACAUGUACACAGUCACUUUGGCGAGGACAACCCAGGAGAAAACUUUGAGAUCCUUCACCCUUAACAUACAAUAUAUGUACUCGUAACUGUGGGACAAACUUUUCAGUUUGACAAAUAUUUUAUUAUUAUGACUUGAAUCCGAUUUUUUAGCUUUCAUAUAUUAAUAUUUCUCAGUCAUAAGUGCCAGUCAAGUUUAAAUUAAAUUCUUUCUCAUGAAAGCAUGUGCUGGUUUUUAAAACUUAAUUUUUUACUGAUAUCUGUUUUAAUAUUAUCAUAAGUGGAUAUUCACAGUUGGAUAGAUUUAAAUGAAUGAUUCACUGUGUUUAGCUCCAUUGAAAGACCAAACAAGUAUGUUAUUUUUAGAUGCAAAUGUGUUAACAUGAUGCUAAGUCAUGCUUUAUUUUGUUUAAUCUCAGAUUUACAACAAAACAAAUACUGAAGCUUUGAAAAGUUUUUUAUGCUUUGUGAUAAUAUGUAAAAUAUAUAAGUCAUUCUUUGACAAAAAUUAUUCAGUUUUAGUAUUUUACCUAUAGAUGUUAAAUGCCUUAAACUUCGGUGAUAACAAAUAGAUGAUGGUAAUACUUGUGGGUUAUUAUAUUCUGAAUUGAUUCUGUUGUGAAAUGUUACAUUUAGUAACAUUUAUAACAGUUGUAUGUUACACACUGUUCAUUCCACCUAAACAAGCACGGAUUAAACAUUGUUGUAGUCUAGAAGGCAAUGAAGAAAGUCAGAAGAUAAUGUUCAAAAUGAAUUUUGUAUAUAACAAAAGCAUUUUUAUAAAGUGAAAACUUGAAUACUGUGAAUGUUAGUUAUUACCAUAUUUCCUUAUUGCAAUUCUCUUGUGGUAGAAAUGUUAGCACAUUGUGUCUUGACUUCUUAGAAAUUGCAACAUUAGUACAUGCUAUAUCAUCACAUACUAUGCGUACAAAUAUGUAACCUGUAUUAGAUAUAAUGAGUCACAGGUCAAAACAAUGUUGAAUUUUUUGCUUCAAUCCAAUGUAUUUUCCAUAGCUAUUUUACUAUUACAAAAUAAUACAAAAACUCGUUUAUUUCCUAAAAAAAAAUCAAUUCAGAUUUUAGCCACAAGAAGUUCACUUUUUCUCAUUAUUAUUAUUAUUGAUAAUAAUGCACCAUACUCUAACAUUAUAGCAGUAAAGCUUAUUAGUAGCUAUAUAAAAAUAAUUGUGAAAUGUUCUUAAUGUAUAAAAUUUUUUUUUGUUUCAAUAUCUCAAGGUAAAUAUGUGAACUUCAAGUGAGAAAAAGUACAUGUUUCAAACCUUGCAAUCUUUAGGGCAUAUGAUGUAAAUGUAAAGGUCAUCCAUUUCUAUGGCUGCCAAUUAAUGAGGGUGUCAUGUGACUAGCACAAUAACAAAUUUCGUUUACUUUCCCCCUCUAAUGUCAGGUACCCAUCAGAAUACCCACUAAGAUUCAAACUCAAGAUUCCUUGAUUAGGAAGCCAAGCCCUUUACCACUCAGCCACCACACCCUAUUAGAUUUGAUCUGUUUGUAUGUAGAUAUUUACUUUGAAAUCACCUUUCUUCUUUUCAGCAACCGCCAGAGUCUUACUUAAUUUUCUAGCUAGCUUACUUUUGACUUAAUUGCUCCAUUUCAAAUUCAUUUUUACUCCAUUAAACAUUGCAGGAAUUUUUUAUUUUUUUUUAAAUUGCAAUACAAUAUCACAAAAUCUCUCUCUAAUAUUUGUUUGUGUAUUUAUCAUCACAUUUCUGAAUAGACGAAAUUUCCAUCAGAGUAAUUGUAAAAGGUUUUAUGGUUUACUCCUAUACAUAACAGGUUCUCCAAAAUUUAGCAAAAAAAGACUCAUAGAAGGAGAAUCCAUAUAUAUUAUAUAGGGAGUCGAUGUAUAACAUUAAAUUAUAUACGCCUAAUUUAUUACUUGUGUUGCCUAUGUAUUAUGGGUAGAAAAAGGUAUAAAAUAUGUAAAUACUUAGAUGUCAAUGAUUUGUGCUUAUAUAUACACAAACAGAGUUUUAACCCUUUAUUUUGUUUUACAUGCUUCUGAUAUUCCUUCAGAUUGGAAGAUUAUUACAUCCAAACUCAAAUCUCCCUCUGGGCAGCAGGGAUGAUGGGAUUCAAACCCAGUACAAUUGAGACCAUCAAACAACAGUACAGAGCGCAUACCACGGGACAAUGCAGGCUCUAUAAUUGCCACAGCCACUUAUUCUGCUCAAAUCCACAUAUACGAUUGCCCAUCUUUUAACAAAGGAUAUGCUUUCCAAAUAGGAACAGCCAGUUAGUGGUACCAAAAUGUUUGGGUCUUGAUGUGGUCUGAUUAAUAUGGUGUCAUCUGUCCUUGUAACUUUUAAAAUUCUUUAUUAUGUGUUAAAUUUGAACAUAACAUUAAAAGCCCCAUAUUCUUGACUUGCUUCGAUAACAAUGAAACUUGUAAACGCUAAUUAGAUUCAUUAUCUUAAUUGUACAUUUAAGUUUACUUCAUAAAGUUUUCUUGAAGAUCAAAGAGGGUCCAUGGAGCUAUAAGGUAACGUUCUGUUUUGCUGCCAACAGAUACUAUCAAUGCAAUUUGUUAGACCUAAAUAUAAUCCCAUUAUAUAGAAUGGUUUUAAAAUGAAAGACUUUUGGUUUGGCUCCCAAAUAAUUAACUAUUACAUCCUUUCUUGAAAAAUUUCACUAUUAAAAUAUAUUUUACUUGUCAUGAGAGAAAAAUUGUAAUCGAAACACUUCUUUUACUCUGCAGUAAACACUAUUUAAGCUUUUAACACUUAAAUACAGUUGUCAACAUUAAUGUCCUUGUUUUGUUUUGUUUAUAAUAAAUAAAAGUAAUUGGUGACAAUGGUAAUCAUAUAUAUACCUGUACUAUCAAAUUAGUAUGUUUGGGGGGGGGGGGGGAAGGGGAGUCUUUAUUUAAAUGUGUUUGUCCAAAAUUAACAUUGAAUUUUUUUUUUGUUUGGGAAAAAGUCUUUAUUUACGUGUUUCAAAAUCUUAACUCUGUACCCAGCAUUGAAAUGUGUGUUACCACACCAGAGUGUAGAAUACAUUUCAUAAAUAUUUAAACCCUAAAUAUUUGUGAUUGUCAUGAUUUAUUUGAGUAAACAAGGAAACUUAAAUGUAGGUUUAAUUAUUUUACCUAAUGUGUACAGUACUUGAUGUCAUAGUUUUCAAAACUAGAAGUGGUUUACUAAUUGAAAUAAAAGUUAAUCAACAGUUUAUGAUAUUGAACUAUUGCAAAUUUGGCCUUGACACACAUUUCUUUCUACAUAUUUAGAGUGUAUUUGAAACCUUAAAUUAUAUUCAUUUAAUUUCUACAGACUGAUUCUUGAUUCUGUUACUUUUUGUUUGUCUACUAUUGAACUUCACUCAAAGAGAUGAGAUAAAUUGUCACCUUUGAAUGGACAAGAAUAAACUGAAAACACUCAAAAUUUUAAAGUAAAUGCACAGUAGACUCUUUGAAGUAGAAUUAAACUUUUGUAAAGAUGGACUGAGUAAACUUUGUAUGACAAAGAAAAACAAUGGAAAUGUGUUUUAUUUUGUUUGAAAUCAAGGUGUCUUUCAAAGCAAUUUCACAGAGUUGAGUUUUAGAAAAGCACUCUGUAAUAACUUAUUAGUAUCUGUUGUUCCUAUUUGUCUGCACCAUAAUUAAUGGUUAUGAUUUUUUUUUUUUUGACUUGACCUUUAUGCUACGGUGGAUGUAUAUUACAGAGCUAAGGACUUAUUUCCUUGAACAUUAAAUGUAUUUAUUUAAUGAAACCUUUGCUACAGCAAUAUCUCAGUGGAAACAAUGUACAGGACAAGGCUUGUCUGUAUUGUAUUGUUAGCAUUUAGGAUUAGGUUUUUCAUUUGUGACUGACACUUUAAAUUGUACUUGUAUCUCUUAAAGGCAAUUGAAAUGAUGGAAUGCUAUUAUCACAUCUCCAAAUAAAACAUAUACACAAGAAAUGUU